UAUCGGCCGGUCCUCAUCAUCUCUUCCUCCUCCUCUUCCUCCUUUCCUGCACUCUCCCAAUCGGUCUCAAUCAGCCUUCAUGGUUCUGAUCUCACCCCACGCCAUGCAAGCCACCCGGGCGCCCACCACCGUCAGUGUGUUUGCGGACUGCAGCAUCCCGGCCGGGCUCCGGAUAGGACCGGCACUGGGCAUCUUCAAACUCGGGAAGUACGUGUCAGAUCGCAAGGAAGUUGGACCUAAGAAGAAGGUUCGCUUGGUUCGCGGGGAGUUCGUGGAUGAAUCGGGCAGUCCCGUGCCAGACUGGAUCGGACAGAUCCGCGCAGCCAGGAACAGCCAAGAGCAGAACCUGGAGGCGGUUUCAGAGCUACCUGGAGGACAGAUCUUCUACCGCGUGCUGAGAGAAAUCCCUUCAGGAGAGGAACUCAGUGUUUGGUACUCCAACGCUCUGGCCCAGUGGUACGACAUCCCGACCACUGCCACUCCUACGCACGACGAAAAAGGUGAGGAGCGUUACAUCUGCUGGUACUGCUGGCGAAUCUUCAAAUACCCCAACACACUCAAGGCCCACGUCCAUUUCCACUGCGCCUUAAGCAACGGGCGGGGUUUUGUGAGCAGCGAGCAGGCGAGAGGUACGGAGACCUUCAGCAGGUCGCCAAAGUCUGGAGACAUUCCCAACACUUCCAUCUCCCCGAGGAGCAGCCACAGUAACUCCUCAAUCCCAGAAUCUAGCAGGCGGGCUGUGUCCUCAUCGUUUCUGCAAAAAGUUGGUCUGUCUAAGAAAAGCAGCACAGAGGAGCAGGACAGGGCCCUCGAUAUGAGCGUUACCUCAGCCAGAAACCAAGGACACAUCCUCGGCCUCGGGGCCACAUCCUCAAUGCUGAGCAGCAUGGGCUUCCACCCGGGUGUGCGCUCUGCCUUCAAACCCACUGGAGUCUCCAAAGUCCCGGGCGCGGACGCCUCCAGAGAGGAAGCAGACGCGAAGCUGGGCAACUUGGGGUUCGGAAAGCUCAUUGGAAACAUGAAACCGAUCCGCAAUGUAGGCGAGACUCUUAACGGAGCAGGCAGCCACCCUCCCAAGGGCACACCUGCAAUCAUGGACUCCUCAUCUCAAAUGGUGCCAUGCACAAACGCCAUCCGGGGUUUUCCGCUACUGCCUCACGUAGAGGAGACGUCAGCUUUUAAGCACGUAGAGAGUCGGAUGCACCCCGGCCUGUCCCCGUCUCGCUACCCCCAGAUGCCCCCUGGACUGCAUUUUGAGAGGUUCUCUCUCCCUCACUUUGAUGGGGUCAAGACAUAUGGUGGAGACUGCAACAUCCCUCUCAUGCCCCUGACAGUGUAUAACGGGGAGCUUCUGUACAGCUCGCCAUACUAUCCUCUCAAAUUCCACUUUAGCAACCUCCUCAAGUAUCCGGAGUCCAUGUCCUACUUUGGUGCGCCCUCACUGAACCAUGACCUGGGCUCAAUCGCCAACAUCGACCGGGAGAUCGCCAUGCACACGCAACAGCUAUCUGAAAUCGCAGCGGAGAAGAACCGGACGAGGCUGGACUCAAUGCCCGCAGGAACCGCCAGCAACUCGGGGUCAGGCAAGCCGAAAAAGGGACACCUGUGUCUGUACUGCGGCAAGCUGUACUCUAGGAAGUACGGCCUGAAAAUCCACAUGAGGACUCAUACAGGUUACAAGCCACUCAAGUGCAAAGUGUGCUUCAGGCCCUUUGGAGACCCCAGCAACCUGAACAAGCACAUCCGGCUCCACGCGGAGGGAAACACCCCGUACAGGUGCGAAUUCUGCGGCAAGGUGCUGGUGCGCAGGCGCGACCUGGAGCGGCAUGUGAAGUCCAGACACCCCGGGCAGAGCGUGAAGAAACUGGAGGAGAAACCGGGAGGCCUGUUUGAGGACGCCGAGCAAAAGAGCGACAAUGACAGUGACGUGGACGUGUGCUUUACCGACGACCAGAGCGACCAGGAGGAGUCGAGCAAAAACACUGACUGAGAUGCGUUCAGGGCCAGAGACACUGAUCAGUGACUUUAACUUAUGUACACAAUGUCAUUUAGUCUUGUCCUGAAUCUUGAUUAUUAUUUUUUUACCCAAAGGCGCCACAUCUUCUAAUCUUUGACUUUGACUGUUUGGAGUCUCAUCAUUAUACUUGAGAGAAAAAACGCAUAUUUAUUUUUUUAUUCACAGUUUACUGGCAUGUAACAUGUUCUAUGUCAUAGCCCUUGGACAACGCAACAAUUUCUCUUUGCUGUGCCAUAUAACCUGUGGCCUAGGGUUCUUAGGUUCUGCGUAAAACACAGUCUGCCAGUGGUGCUGCAGACAUUUUCGUUUGUUUCAAAUGACAAAAAUAUUUUUUCUUUAUUUUUUCUUUAUGCAAUUGGUUAAAUGUCUUUUGCUCCGUCGAAAAAAACAGCACACAAAACAAAAACAGAGAUCCGACAUCAGUUAGACAUUUCCAGUCGCUUUAAGAAGAAGCUGAAGAGACAAAUCAAGGCUGAAUAUGAGACUAAAUGACUAUUUAAGUUAGAUAUCAUUUAAUUUUUUCUGUGUAAAAUAAAUGAACAUUUUUGUUUUUUGUCGACCCUUGAGAAAGGAAAUAUGGGUUAUCUAAAGGCAUAAUCCAAAAAUUAAAAAUGAAGCACUACAUUCCAUCACUCUGGUAUGGACGAAAUGGGAGCUGCAAAAAUAUGAUUAUUUUAAUUUUUACUGUGGAACAAAAUUCCCACAUCCCCUUCUAAACUGUCAGUUGCACUUUAAAAAUAGCAAUGGGCAUUUCAGUUCACCAAAACCGAUGCAUAUUGAUUCCAGUUUAUGUUCAUGACUUUAUUCAUGGAUCUCUGCAGCCUCAUUAAUAACACACUGUACUUAAAUUUGCACUUUCUUGCCGAGGCUUGCUGCUCUGAGAGAGGCAGCAGCAGCAGCAGCACAGUUUUAUUUAAGGAAUUAUUUCUACAGAAAGGAAAUUGUAUGGAUUGCAGUUAUAGCCUAUGUAAAGAAGUGUAAAGUAUGAUAUUUCACAUUUCAGUGGAGAAGUGUUGUAUACGUUUGUUUAUAAGU